UGACUUUUCACAUCUGUGGUUGGUCACACUCCGCUCAGAAGGCUUCUGGUGUUGUCCCGAGAGCUGCCAAACCCAACUUUACAGGAGCUGAUAAACGGUCUGAGGAUGACAUGUCAACAUUAUACUCAUUAUUUUUUUUCCAGCUACUGAUGAAAUAGCUGAGAAAGCACGUUUCUCAAGUUUCAAGUUUUUCAGGCAGGACGGCGGCUGUAAAUAGACAUAAACUGGGGUGGAAAACAUGGGCUGCUGGGCCAAUCUUAAAUCUUCUAACUGGGCUUACCCGACUGCAGUCCUGUCAUUGUACGGAUUCUUUGCCUACUGCAAAAUCGCAGAGCCUUUCCUGACUCCAUACUUGAUUGGUCCUCAUAAGAACAUCUCUGAAGAAGUGGUGACUAAUUACCUUUUUCCGAUCUGGACAUACUCCUACCUGGCCUUCCUUUUCCCAGUCUUCCUGCUGACUGAUUACCUGAGGCACAAGCCCAUCAUUGUGAUGCAGGGGCUCUUUCUGGUCAUCAAUUAUGUCCUGCUGUGCUUUGCCCAGGGAGUGCCUGCCAUGAUCUUCCUUGAGGUUAGCAAUGCGAUAGUGACAUCAUCAGAUGUGGCCUUCUUUUCCUACAUUUACAGCGUAAUUCCCUCAGAGAAUUACCAAAGAGCCACCAGUUACAUCCGAAGCUCCAUUCUUUUUGGGUACACAUUUGGUGGCAGUCUGGGCCAAGUUCUCAUCUCCUUAGCAGGGCUAAACUACUUCGACAUCAAUACCAUCACUCUAGGUGUCGCAAUCGUGGCUUUUCUCAUCUCCUUCUGGUUGCCAUAUCCUCAGAGGAGCAUGUUCUUCAAUUGGAGACGGGUUGGACCUUUCGGCCAAAAGUCCCAGGACAAUGCUGAUGAAACGGUGUUAGAGGAGGAAGAUGCUGACUUCGGGAAACAGAAGAUUAAUGACAGCACUGAUUGGCGCAACGGGCAAAAUGUGGUCAAUGCGGGUCUUUUACUUUGGCAAAGCUUCAGGGAGUCCUACUCUUCCAGACAUUUAAUCUACUGGUCCCUUUGGUGGGCUUUAGCCACAGCUGGAUAUACACAAAUCUUCAACUACAUCCAACUAAUGUGGAACCAUAUUGAACCUUCUAAGACAUCAUCUGUCUACAAUGGAGGUGUAGAAGCUGCAUGCUCACUUGCUGGUGCUACAGCAGCCUUCUUAGUCGGUCACAUCAAGGUGAGCUGGACCGUGUGGGGAGAGCUGGCACUGGGCUUGUUUUCAGCCAUCGGGGCAGGUUCCAUCUUUGUGAUCGCGUUCACCAGCAAUAUCUGGGCCUGCUAUGCCGGCUACGCUCUAUUUAAAUCAUGCUACAUGUUUCUCAUCACCGUCACUACAUUUCAGAUUGCCGCUAACCUCUCCAUGGAAUGCUACGCUCUGAUGUUUGGCAUCAACACAUUUGUGGCUCUCUUUCUGCAGACCAUGAUGACGAUUGUUUUUGUUGAUGAAGCUACUUUAGGACUGGACAUUGUGACGCAGUUCAUCAUCUACGGGAUCUACUAUGCUGUCAUCUCUGUGCUCUUUUUGAUUCGAGGGACCUACACUGCUUGUACAAUACAUUGUUCUCCAUAGGUAUUGCCUCUGUGGAGGUGUUGAUGAAAGACCACUCAGUCGCAAAUGCACGUGUAGUGUCACUAUGCAAUCUGUACUGGAAAAUGUUACUGGUUUCAAGUUACUGGUGCACUGCAGGUAUUUUUAUAAUUGUCAAUUAUACUUUGGUAUUGUUGCAUACGAGCGUCCCAACUAAAUAUUUUUGCUUUGAAAUGCUUGCUAAAGUGUGGACAAGGAGCUACUAGUUACAGGCAGGCAUAGCCGAGGACAGCUAUUUGGGGGGCUUGUGUCAAAUAGCUUUAGCUAUCGCGAGCGUUAGCAUCGUGCUAGCUGGUCACCGGGAAAGAUUUUCAACACACAUGCACAAAUAUGUACAUUAGCACUCAAUAAGGUUAUCAAAUCUUACCUUUUUACAUUCCCACAUAUAUGGGACCAAAUAUGAAACAUGAAAAUACAGUAAAGUAGUUUUAUGAUGCUUAUUUUUGUUGAUGUGGAUAUGUGCAUGGACUGUUGCUUUGUUGUAAUGACAUCAUGGCCACCAAUCAUGAAUGUGAGCAGUUUCUGCAGACAUAGUGACACUUGGUGGCUGUCCUACAGAAUUGCAUGCAGCAGUGGUUGUCAAACUGGGGGUCAUACCCCCUGGAACGGGUGUUUUGACGGGAGGCGCGGGCCUACUAUGAGUUUUUUUAUGGGGUGAGGCACUGAAAGGGCAAGAAGUCACUUCUCGCCGAAUCUUUUCACAAACAGGAUAAUUUUUGCUUUACUUAAGUUGUUUCAGUUCUAAUCAGUUUUACAAAAAACUAUAAAUUAAUAAAAUGAUUCCUUUUCAUGGUUCAAUAUGUCAUAUUAGACAAAACACAAGCACUAGUUGUCGUCGGUAAUGUUACUGUAAUGUUUAGUCAAACACUCAAAGAUCAGAUUUGAUCAUUUUGAACAACAGGCUUUUAUUGCAGGUUUGAAUUACAGUAUGUCACAACAGUCAUAAUAAUGUUUAAUAAACAAUCAUAAACAUAAAAACACCGGCUGCUUUCGUGGCCAUUACCCACCCAAGCCAACUCUCACCCUCAGACGUCACUUCCUGUCUGUCCUUACUCUUAAUUUAUCGACUAUAGGGGUGUUAUUUUAUGUGUAGGGGCCUCUAAUCAUGUUUUGGAAUGUUGUUAACUUGUUUUCUAUGUUUCUAAACUGGCUUUAUAUUCUCUUAACUACAAAAAUAUUCAAUUUAUAUAGGUGCUAAACAAGAUUUUAAUAUGUUCCUUCUCCAUCUCUUAAAACAAAACUUAAUACUUACUAUUUCUGCCAUAUGGCCCUGAAAUGUACAGAAACAUUUGUCCGUCUCAGCACACCACAGUCUUAUCAAAAAAACCUGUGGCAAAUUUGUCGCUAAAAUGCAUGAGGGUAAAAUAAUAUUUUACCUUUGACUUACAUACAUACAUCACCUCUGAGGCAGUAUGUGUGCUUUAAGAUCCUGUAAGAGAAAGAAAACUAGAUUAGCAAUUCUAACUACAUUCAUUUUAUUCAACAGAAUAAUCUACUGUAUAUGAAUGUGACUGUUUAUCAAUAGACAGGUUUACUUUGCA